GCGCAGAGAAGUUGCAUACUACAGUUAAUCGUGGUUUCACAUUUUUCAUUCAGAAACUGAAGAUACAGAGUCAGAAACGUGAUAAGGUAAAUAAUAAUAGGAUUUCAUAUAUCGCAUUACACAAAAAGAGAAGAAGUACACAAGAUGCAAGCUGAUGGCAAAAAUAGUGAGUUUAUGCCAAAAGUAGAUCUUAUAAGAGAUAAAGAUAAACUAAAAUACAGUCAUUUAAUAUAUAUGAAACAAGCAGAAGAAAUAGCUGUUUCUAAAGCACAGAUGUAUAAAACUAGACGUAACAAAUGUGUUAUAUCCGGUGUAUGUUUAGGUGGUAUAGCUCUGGGAAUUUAUUUCUAUACCAUAUAUGCUAUGAAACAAGAAACCUUCUUAAAUAAUCUAGAAGAACCUGAAAAAAUAAUUGUUAAACAACCUACUUCAAAAAGUAAUAUUGCUUAA